UGAUUUAUUAAAUUCACAAAAUAAAUCAGCUAAUCUUCUCAUACCAGUGUGCGGUGAUUUGACACUUCUUUGACUUGAUACAUAGGCCUAUAUAUAGCCUAUGUAUAAUAUAUUUUUUAAUUUGAUUAAUGAUGACAAUUAAUUAUUAUUUUAUUUUAAUUUAAAACUCCAACCGUUUCUCUGGUUUCUAAGAAUGAUGUUCUGGUGAUUACUUAGAAAUUAAUAACAAUUUAUCAUUAUGGGGAUUUAUUGUGUCGUUUUAAACUACCACAUGUGUCUCAUCCAAUGGCUAAACAAAGUUUUGAUUGGUCUAAGUUAUAGAACAUUUACGUUUAUCAAGGAUGUUUAUGAAGGAGCAUCGGUUAGGCCUACUACAAAUCCGCAUGCAUUGUAGCAGAAUAACAAUAAGUGAAGGGGUAGAGACUGAGUUUAAAAUUACAUAUCUGGAAAACCAUCAAAUUAUUUGUCCCGACGGUUUCUAAAAAAUAACAAAACGUAUAUAUGGAAUUUAGGCUAGGUUAACAUAGGUUAAUUCGUUUUGGCGUGUGGGCUCUGUUUUAUCGACGUCUGUCUUUAAGUUGGAUCCCUUAUUCAUACUCCUGUUCAGACGGGGGCGGUAAUGUACCGAAACGUUUGAAUUCCCCGAAUGAAACCAGCAAGAAGAAGAAGUUUCAUCACUGUUUAUGUUGUCUCUUACUGGUGGUCGAGUAAAACAUGUUAAUAAAAAUGUCGCCCAGCAGUUCAACUUUGGAAGAACAGCUUUCGUCCAUAAUGGACGUACUGGCGAAAGCGGCCGUAUCUGAAAUUAGCCAACUGUUCUCGGAAGGCUCGACUACCCUUCGCUUACAAAUAACUCAGAGCCUGAAAGAAAACGAAGCCUUGAGGACGAGGAUGAAGGUGAUGAGGAGUGAGCUGUUUUCUUUGCGGCUUCAAACGAGAUCAAAUGCAUCGCGUGCGGCAAGUCGUUUCGCCCUGGCUCGAGCCAACAUCUGCAAACCACGCACUAAACCACUGGGAAAUGAAUUGAAUGUAUUCUUCAUCAUCAUCAUCGUCAUCAUCAUCAUCACCACCAUCAGGUUUAAAGCCCCAGGUGGACCACAAGGCGGUUGGAAAUUCCCCUUUUCUCGCACCAUCCAAAAGUGAGGCCUCAACCGUUACAACUCCACUAGUGCAGGAGACCCCAGACAUAAUUUUUAUCAAGGAUGAAGAGGAUAUGGGUGGAUGCAGGCCCGCUGUAGAAGACGGCGAUGCCUUUGGAGACUGCAGCACGCAGCGUGGCGCUACCUCGGAGAGUCUGCAUGUGGACGCCCCUGGCUCCUCCCACUUGUCCAGUCACGACGGUGACCUGCGGAUCCUGAGCGUCCACGGACAAGGGGAGGGCCCACUGGCGGUGGACGCUAAUGACACCCUCUUUACCGCGUCUGAACUGGAGGCCCUGAGCUCGCUGUCCCCGGACCACAGCAUCACCCACGACAGCCUCCUCAGCUUCAACAGCGGCUCCAGUGAGAGGACCCCGUCGCAGGGGACGCAGGACAGCAGGGGGGGUCCAAGUAGAGACGGCCACGCAGAACGGCUCCAGCGCCUCCAGGCCGCCUCCCUGUCCCUGAAGCACGCCGCGCUAGAGGCCGGCGACAAGGGAAGGCGACCGGGCAACCUCGGUGCACAGUUCCCACUGCAGCACAACUUGGACUCUGAGAGGUUCUUCAGCCACAAGGACCCCAUAGUGCCCCAAACGCUCGAGCCUCCCUUCUCCUGUGCCUUUUGCGGCAGGUCGUUGGCCAACAAGGCCAAGCUUACCAUGCAUAUGCGCAUCCACACCGGUGAGAAGCCGUAUGGGUGCGUCCAGUGUGGGAAGCGCUUCACGCAGAGCGGCAGCCUAAAGAUCCACAUGAGGACUCACUCCGGGGAGAAGCCUUGCGUGUGUCUGCAGUGCAACGCCCGCUUCAGCGACCCCAGCAAUUUGCGUCGCCACAUGGUCAAGCACAUUGGCAAUGGGGUGCUUUGACACGGGGCAACGGGAUGCUUCGAUUAACUUCUCUAUCGUGUAUGUGAUGAAAGGCCUGCUUUAGGUUUAUUUCAUCACCUGAAAAAAGUGACCCUUUCAAACUUCAAAAAACUUUUUUUAACGUUGUUUAUAAUCCAUGUCUGUGCAGUGUUUCCCUAGAAAAAAUUGGUGACGUCAUCAUGUGACCUGGAAGGUUUCAUUUUAACGUUUUUUUUUUUUUACUUCUUUCGAUAUUUGCCAUCUGUGAAGCGUGCCGCUGCUGACUUAAAGUCAAAUGUAUCGAGAGUGUCUCUGCUGCUUGCAAUGCGCAUAAGCCUCGUGACUCUUCCUUCCCCAAGGAGGCUUCGCUGAGCAGUCAUUAUUAGAGCUUAGGUCGGACCCAGAAAAUUCAGCCCGACCCGGGCUGAAUACACAUUAAUACACAUUAAUACAUGUGUAACUUUGUACACAUUUGUUACUUAGGCCUACUCUGCUAAAUAUAUAUGUAAGGGAUAAUGUAUACAACACCGGCGACGUUCUAUACUUUAUUCCGCUUAUUACAUAGCUACUUGCCAAAAACGAAAAAAUAACUUCACAUGGUGUGUCUUUUCACUUUCAUAGUGUUGAUCAGCAGUGAAAUAGUCCACCAAAGACGUUGACAUCGCUUAGCAACCGAAGCGAGGGGGUUGACAAGUUACCGGACUACUACCCAUACAAGUGAACGGAGCGUUCCACGCCAUUGAGAAGACCCGAGUAAUAAAGGCCUAUAAUAUUUCUGUUUAUGGCAUAGAUUUCUCCUCAGAUUAGGCCAAUAAAGCAAUGAUUGAAAAAUAAAUAAAAAAACACAAACGCUCGAUAAAAGGCCCGACUCGGCUCGAGGAUAGUGGUGGGAAAUAUCGGCCCGACCCGCAUUGUUUUACAUGAAUUGGCUAAUCAAAUGACCACUAUAUUUUAAACACAAUUCAAAUUAUGCAUAGAGAAUUAUUUCCAUUGGUCAUUCUCACCUGAGACAUUUAGAAUUUUCGGUCCUACUCAUUUUUUUCUGGUCAAUGACCGGUAAUUAACGGACAACGGAAACUAAGCUGUCUGUGUCAUUACCUUCACCUUCGUAAUCACAAAUUGCCUGCAAAGUUCACUUGUGGAAUAGACUACUGCAAUGUAACCCAACAUUAUUCAUGAUCGUGUUCAUUUCACUUAUCUUAUAAUUCUGUGUGCUUAAUUCGAA